GCCGGGUGGGGUCACGGACGGGCUCCGCGGUCACGCCUGACGCGCGAAGCCGGCCGGAACCAUCCAACACGCGCAGCGGCCGCCGCGUCGUCGACUCGUCGUCGCCGUCGUCGCCGCCGCCUCGCCUCGCGUCCAGAAACAGACACGAGCUGCCUAAUAUUCCACGCCCGGUGUCCGCACCCUUUCCCUCCCUCCCUAUCUCCCCUCCACCCUUCCUUCCCUGCAUCCACCACCUGAGACUCCUCGUCGCCCUUUUCCCUUUCCAGGAAUCACGCGUCACGAGCGGCCGCGGCGGCGGAUUAGAAACCCCCCCCCCCCCCCCCCCCCCCCUCCGCGCACCUACCGCCCGGGAUCGCGAGGGUUGGUUUGGGUUUGGAUCUCCUUGGUUUCGGGUCGAGUCAGGUUGUCUUGGUCCCCGUCCGCGCGCCGGCUCCCCUUGCCGGCCGAAUCCCCAGCUCCGUCUCCAGGCAGCAUUUUGUUUCAGUGGUGUGCAAGCUUUGCUGAUUGGAGUUCACAAUGGGAGGCUGUGCAGGGAAGGCACGUCGUGAUGACGAAGAUAAGCUUGAUUUCAAAGGUGGAAAUGUGCAUAUCAUAACAAGCAAAGAGGGCUGGGAUCAGAAGAUUGCAGAAGCAAACAGAGAUGGGAAAACUGUUGUGGCAAACUUCAGCGCUUCCUGGUGUGGACCAUGCCGUGUCAUUGCUCCUGUCUAUGCUGAGAUGUCGAAGACUUAUCCUCAACUCAUGUUCUUGACAAUAGAUGUCGAUGACCUGAUGGAUUUCAGCUCAUCAUGGGAUAUCCGUGCGACCCCGACCUUCUUCUUCCUCAAGAACGGGCAGCAGAUCGACAAGCUGGUCGGUGCGAACAAACCUGAGCUCGAGAAGAAGGUCCUAGCAGCCGCUGAUGGCAGUUCGAGCAAGUGACAGAGAACUGGACAAGCUUGGGCUAUCUAUGUGUACCAUCGCGCUUGUCUCUCCUUGUGCAAUAGUUUCCCAAUGUAUAGUUUGCUGUGUCUGUGUGCAAGUCCCAUGUGUCGUAGAGAUGAUGCUUUACAAUUUUGCCGCCGUGCCUGGUAUCGCACAUGCUCAUGCUGUCAAGUUAUGUGAACCUGUGCUUGCCGAAAUAGAAGAGAUAAAGGGGGGGAAAACCAGUAAUGUGAAGCAACCUGGACUAAGAGUUUUGCGACACAAUAUUGGUGGAUGGUAAUGUGCUUGGUUGGGAAAAUUGCUAUGCUGGUAGGGUUGCAUUUUCAGUUGUGAUGUUGUUGUAGUAAAUUUAUGAGCUGUUUUGUCUUUUGUUGGAACCUUACCAUCCUUAUUAUCUUUA